CCUUCUAAAUGAUGUCAUUAGCUAAGACAAGUUGAUGACGAUUUGAUGGUUUUGUGUUUAUGUGCAAUAACAUGACCGUGCAAGAGACCGUGUCAUGUGAGAGCUGAUGCAAGUCAAUGAGUGGUCCCGACCCCAAAAGACGCUGCAUCAUGAAUGACUGCUACGAGGAUGGUUUGAUUGAAGAUGUUGCUGAACCCACUAUACGCCCUGAACAUGGUGUCAAAAUCCUGCAGGGCUUGAACCACCUCAAAAGAGACAAAGUACUGUGUGAUGUGACAUUAAUUGCUGAAGCUCAACGCUUUGAUGUCCACAAAGUGAUUCUGGUAUCAUGUUCAGAUUACUUCCGUUCCAUGUUCACGAGUGGGAUGAAGGAGAGCACUCAGCGGGAGAUCGAGUUGAAAGGGGUGACCGCCAGGGGCUUGGAUAAAGUGCUGGAGAUAGUCUAUACAUCAAGUACCACUUUAGACGGAGAUGACAUAUUUGACGUCACGGCAGCUGCCACGCAUUUACAAGUCACACCAGUGAUUGAGUUUUGCGAAAAGAACUUCCUAAGUGGCAUGACCACUGGGAAUUUUUACGAUUUUAUAACCACUGCUAAAUUAUACAACAUGAAUAAUGCUCUGAAACAGAUUGACAGUUUUAUCUCCCAGAACUUGAUGCAGAUUGCUUUAGAGGGGACCCUUCACCUUCUCACUUAUGACCAAAUCUUGAGCUGUCUAAGCUGUGAUACUCUAAAAUUGAAGGAGAUAGAUUUGUUUCAGGUGGCGUGGGAGUGGAUUAGGAUGGAUCAGAACAGGGAGAGGUGUAUUGUAGCUCUGAUGACCAACAUCAGGUUUCCCUUGAUCAGUCCUGCUGAUUUAGUUCAGAAGGUGCAGAGUAUAGAUGUCAUGAUGAACAUCAAGGAACUGAGAGAGAUGGUGUUGGAGGCUUUAAAUUAUCACGUCGUCCCUCACUCUCAGCCUCUGCAUCAUUCCAGUAACACUCACGUGAGGUCAUUUGAAGAAAGACUUAUUAGCGUAGGUGGUCGUGAGAUUCACCCUUUUCCUGGUCUGCAUGACGAAAUUUUAGUCUACGACGCCAAGAUGUCUGCCAGUAGCUUGAUGAAUAGACGUCAUAUGGCGAGCUUACCACAUGCUCUCAGUCACAUGCAAGUGGUCGUGAUGAACAAUUUUCUCUACGUCAUGGGAGGGUGCACUACGCAGUGUGCGCAUGGGGAGUCUGCGACAAACUCUGUCAUGAGGUACGACCCCAGGUUCGAUGCCUGGUUUCAGGUGGCUCCCAUGAUCAACAAACGGGCAUAUUUCUAUUCUGGAGCCUUGAACAAUAAACUGUUUGCAAUAGGUGGGAAGUACAAGGAAGGCAGCCUGGCCUCAGGAGAGAUGUAUGACCCUGCUGAUAACUCCUGGACCCCAAUCUCUGCUAUGCCCACAUCGUACCAUGCUCACGCUGGGGCAGUUUACGGAAACCAUAUAUUUGUAAGUGGCGGCUACAGCAGUAACCAUUUUACACCAGACAUGCAGCGUUACGAUCCAACCUUGAACCAGUGGGAGGACAUGACAUCGAUGCUCUCCCCGCGUGCGUGGCACGUCAUGUGCAUAGCUCGUGAUCGUUUAUUUGUCUUUGGAGGGUGCAACCUUAACGCCAACCAGCAAGCACAGCCUGUGAUGCAGUCUGAGUGUUACGACCCUGACACUGAUCAGUGGACAGUGAUCGCCCCAAUGUCUAUCUCACACAAAGAGGCCAGCUGUGUGGUGUUCCAAAACUCCAUAUUUGUCCUAGGAGGGUAUAAUGUACAGACUAAAACUGGACAGAAAAUGGUUUCCAAGUAUGAUCUGACCAUGGGGACGUGGGAGACGCUGGGGGCACUGCCCAGAAGCAUGACUGGCGUGGGACACUGUGUGUUGAAAUUGCCUUGGUAUUUGGACUGUGUCCAGGAGUAGCUCCCCCGAGUCUCGGAGAUCACUCCGAGCUCACCUCUGUUACCCCUAAAACACAGGGAGAGAGCAAAGGCAAAGUGGAGAUUUAGGCAUUGAUGAAAACUGGCUUGGCAUGCUUCACCAGGGGUGGUUUUAGUCUAGAAAUCAACUUAAAUGUGAUCAUUUGACCAAUGGAAUGUCUCUGUAAUCUGGUCAUCUGACAGUGCGAAUUAAGUUGUCUUUCCAUAGAGGCUUGCCUAUUUAAGUACAGCCUAUAUAUGAGACUGGUCUGCUUUGAUUAGCUGCCCAUUGUGAGUUCAACACAGUUGCUGUUGUGAGUUCAACACAAUUGCUGUAUUAAGCUCACCAAAGACGGCAAACCAAAUCUCUCUGUUGCCCCACUCAUGGUUAUAUUUAUUGGUACAAGUAGAUGGUUGUACUGACAUAGGUCAUACUGACUGGAGAAAUGGCACUGUCAGAGGUACUAGUAGCUUGGUGUCCUGUUGUAAGCAAAUCAUUAUCAGAUGAACUGAAUUAGGUGGAACCAACUUGACUGGAGACAUGCCUAGUAUUUGAUUUCUGGUCUAAAAUGAUCACUGUAGAAGCAGACUUUCACAUACACAAAGCAGCUGGAAAUAAAAUACUCCCAAAUUGCCUGCACAUUGGUAUGCGGUGGUAUCCAAGCUAAAGCUAAAAUAAUGUGUCAAAUUCAUAAUUAGAAGAGACUCUCUCAUGUAAGGUGUCUACAAGAGUCAUAGUUUUGUUUGUCAUAUUCAGAUUUGUGUGCAUUUGGAUGUGUUAUAGGGAAGUAAAUAAAAUUUAGUUUCAGUUAGAAAUGGUUGGUUAUGAUAAAUUGGGGACAUCUUGUUCUUUUUGUAGAUUUUUUAAGUCCUACAGUAUCACAGAAAGAGUAGGAGUUAUUUUAUCACACAAAUGCAGUUUUUUGUUCUCUCAAUACCAAAGUAGCUCUAUUUAAAGAAAGUCCAGUGUUUAUAAUUGAGGUUUUCAAUAAAGUAAAUGAGCAUGACAUAUUUAUUUAUUUCAAAGGAAUGUUUAAGAACAAAAUUAUGCAGUUUACAUAUAAAUUAGAUCAAACCAGAGUUGUUCAUAGGUGCAUAUUGUGAAUGCAUGAAUUUUGGACAACUGGAGAUAAAAUGAUUGAAACCCUGCUGUGACGAAAUAUUGUAGGUCUGUUAGGAAAAUGUUGGGACUUAAGAUAGAACAGUGGCAAACAAGUUUCAGGAAAACUACUUUUUCUUCUAGAAUGUUUCACGGAAAAGAGGAUAUCUGACAAAAAAACUUUGCUUUACUAUGCUGUUGUUUACUUGGCAAUAUAUUAGAUUUGUCGUAUCACUUUCAUCAAGCUAAAAAAUAUAUAACUGCUAGGAGUGAAUUUUGUAAGUGAAGCACUGCUGUCUAUGUCACGGACAUCAAUUUACUAGAAGAAAACUGCGUAAUAAACAAACUGAUAUUUGUGUGAUA